AUGGCCUCCAAGGGGGUCGCGCCCGCGGGGCGACAAGUCAAGCCCCUGCCCUGUGCCGCUGGUCCCUGCCCGAGAUUCGAUGCCGCCCUGUUGAGAGGCACCCGGCGGCCGCACCAGCAGCGGCUCCAGAGGCAGGUUGGAGACAGGCUUCGAGUGCAGGCUGAGGUUGAGGCGGCACAGACCACGGGGGGUGCGAAGCAGGCGGAGAAGCAGCCCAAGGGCUGGUCUAGGUAUGAGACGAUGCUGGUGCUGCAGCCUACGCUGAAUGAGGUUGAGAGGGAUGAGGAGCUGGCUCAGUUCGAGGCAUUCCUGACGACUGAAGGCUGCAAGGACAUUGAAGUGUCAGUGAGGGGGAGGCACAGGAUGGCUUACCCAAUCAAAAAGCACCAGGAUGGCAUCUAUGUGAUGUACACCUACACUGCCCAGCCAGAAGUCUCCAAGAAGGUGCAGCUGUUCCUCUCCAAACGCACAUCUGGUGGGGAUGAGAGCAUCAUCAGGCACAUGACGUUCAAGCUGUGA